UUUAUUUAUGUUUUGCAUUGCGUCGGGGUGCGUUGCUCACCGAAAAUAAACGGAGGGUCGUGUUUUAGUUUUCUUUAGUCACGCCACCCCACAUUCCAAGAGCCGGGAAUUUUCACCGGGUAAAUAUGGACCCGACCGAUUAUCGUGCCCUGCACGAAAGCCAGAUGGAAAACAACAACGGCACGACAGCACUGAACGUGUUCCUGCACAUUGCACCGCCCGUGUUCAGCGUGUUUCACACCGUGCAGCUGAUCGCGGUGGCCAGCAUAACACACAUACCUCUACGAUUUUUGCUCGAGUUUUUCCUCAUCGUACUGCCGUUCGUGCUGCUCGUAACCGUACUGCACCGGUUAGCCCUUAACAUAACGCUUACGCUCCUCAUCCUGUCCGCGAUAUCGGCCGUCCAUCAGAUCCGGCACCGAUUGCACCUGAUGCCGUUCGUACAGGUGCCGGGAAAAUCGCCCCAAUUCCUUACCUGUGUCCGUGCGCUGGUAAACCUUACGACGGCCGUCUGCAUACUGGCGGUCGAUUUCCACUGCUUUCCACGCGAGCUUGCCAAAACGGAAACGUUCGGCUACGGGCUGAUGGACAUCGGCGUAGGACUGUACGUGUUCAGCAACGGUAUCGUGUACCGGGUACGACCCACCGACGAACGACGACUAAAUGCAGCCCGUGUGUGGAAGGUUCUUUCCGGAACGGCACCUCUACUACUACUCGGGUUUGCCCGCUUUUUCCUCACCAGCGAGCUAGACUACCAGCUGCACGUGUCCGAGUACGGGGUGCACUGGAACUUUUUCAUCACCCUCGCGGUUGUAAAGUUUGCCGGCACGCUCAUCAUGGACCUUGUGCACGAUCCGGAAGUGAUCAAGUUCGUUGCCAUUACGCUGCUCUGCUGUCACGAGAUGAUGCUCCAUCUCGGCGUGUCCCGGUACGUGCUCAGCCAAGAAACACAGCGCACAACGUUCUUCUCCGCCAACCGGGAAGGGAUCGUAUCCCUGCCCGGCUACCUAGCCCUAUUUCUCGCCUCCGUCUACAUCGGCUGGGUAGUACGGCCCACGGAAGAGAUAACGCUUGCGAAAAAGUUUCUACGCCGGGCAGGGAAAAUAGCCAUCAUAGCCGUAGUGUGCUGGAAGAUGAUUUACGUGUGCGAGGACAUGUUCGGAAUUUCGCGCCGGCUCGCCAACAUGGGCUACUGCUUCUGGAUACUGGCGAUCGGGACCAGCGUAACGGCGCUGUUCAUGUUCUUCGAGCUGUUCGUGUACUUCGUGCGGUUCGAAGAGCCGAAAUCACCGGACCAGAUAAUGAAGACGGAUGAUUUCUGCAUCCCGUACGUACCGCUCGUCCUGCAAGCGAUCAACGCGAACGGGCUGUUCUUCUUCCUGUUUGCAAACCUACUGACCGGGCUGGUGAAUCUGGUGUUCCAAACGUUCCUGCUGGGGAGCGCUGCUGCGCUAACGAUCAUAGCCUACUACAUGUUUAUGCUAUGCGUGGCGGUAUGCUUCCUGUACGUGAACAACGUUAAGCUAAAGAUAUGGUAAGGAGGAGAGGAUGUGGCUGUUAUAUUCCUGCGCCCUCGCUGGCUCGAUCUAGUCAUUCGGUGGCCAUUGUUGUAAAUUAGUGCAAAUGUAAGCGGAAAAGGGUCAUUAAAAAGGGUAAUUAAAUUCGAUACAUUAGGCUUAGUAUUCGUCUCUCACAUUGAACAUUCUAGGGUUCAGCAAAAAACAAACCCACCACCCAUGGACAUGAAAAUCGCCUUCGUACGAGAAUAAAGUAGAGUUUAAAGUUUAAAUAAUCUGUCA